CAACAAACCUAACCUCAAUUUGCGGUAAAUUUGAAAAAACUACAUAACCUCGUUUUUUUUACUCGCUGCGAAAGAGGAUUUUUCCGGAAGCAAAAAAGGAUUUUUAAAAAAGGAUAAAAAUAAACAAAAAAAUGCAUCUUCAUCAGAAAAUCUGUGAAAUUAAGAGUAUCCUGGCUCUGUACCCUCACGGAGCGACCUAUGAUAUAAUAUCAGAGGAUUACGCUGAGCUAGUUGGGGAACCAAUAGGAUGGUCAUAUGCCGAAUUCUUCCUGAUUAUGAAUAAUCUCAACUCAAUUUGCUACAGUCGCGAUUUCUACGGGAACAUCCACUGGACAUCUAUGAGUCCCAAAACGAGCCACAUCCGCCGCAUGGUGCAGCUGCAGAAGAAUCCGCAUCGACGCAGGAAGACCACAACUAUUGGGCCGUGCAACUUUGACGGUCCCCCGCGGAAGAAGCCAAUGAGGAUGAAGCAGGCCCCACCACCGCAAUCGGAGGAAUCAGAGGAGAUUGAGGUGGAUUCGUGUGUGGAGGAUACAGAUGAGACUUUCCAGAGCUGCCAGGACCCCUUUAACCCACACCUGUACGAAUACCAAAUGAUCGGUGAUGACUUCUUUCUGGCCCUUGCACGGCUGGAACUUGGCUUUAUGGCCCUUCCGGGGGUGAAGAUCCAACAAUCGGGCCUCUGUAUUUCCGGCCAGACCAUUCGGGGUGCCAUUGAGCAUCUCAAUCGAAUGCGCCGGGGUUCCGUGUCCAAGAGAGUCAUCAUUAAUCUCGGGACAGUUGACCUGCUGCACGGGCGCGAUGUUCUGGACAUUAAGACAGAGUACCGCAUGCUCCUGAGUCAGCUGAAGGAGAUGGGGAUCCAUGCUAUUGUCACGACACUCCCGCCCAUUGCAAAUCAUUCCUAUCACAGCACAAUUAAGCCCAAUUGGGAGAAACUCAAUGCCUUCCUUCGACGUCAGAGGAAUUGCAUUGACAUUGCCAGCGGGAUGAUGCAGAACGGGCGGACACUCUUCUCGUGCUAUCAGGGUGAAGCAAAGCACGUGUCCGGCAGCAGUCGUCCUCAUGUGCUGUGGAACAAGAUUGGGCGUCAGCGGAUCCUGAAGGCCAUGAAAGCUUAUCUCAUUGAGAAGCUCUAAGGACUCGAUUUUUCUUUUUAUUUUAUUGUUAUUCUUGUCUUUGUUUUUUCCUUCUUUUACUGACAAAACGUUGAUCAUGUCGUGCCCUUUUGUCUAAUUUCUUUGUAAGAACUAUGAGUAAGUUAAGUGGCUAGGCUAUCGUAGAAUAAGUAGAAUAAGACUGCAGUCUUAGUUGUAAGGAUAUAAUUAAUUAAUUAAUUUAAGGAUAGUCCGUAAGAAUUUUCUUCUCCUUCACAGCAAGUUCGAACCUGGGAAGGACGAGAAAAUUAAAUUAAUAGUUUUAAGCUAAGAAAAAAUGUCACUCUUGCUACUUUCACGUGCCCUUUUAGUUUAAGUCUUUUUUAAUAACUAAGAAAAUUCUUAAAUACUUGUUUAAUAUGUUAAAAAAAAAAAGAGAAAUCGCCCGUCCCUGCCGCCUGUUGCUGUGCACAGCAAUUAAGAGAAAUUAGGCAGAAAAAUAAAGAGAGAUUGAAAGCCUAAAAAA